AUGGGUGGGAGCAAGAACAAAGCGCCUCAGCGCAGGGCGAGACCUGGGAGGCCAGCCUCAGGGGAGCAGGAGUCCGGAUCGGCUAUUGCUGAUAGCGCACUUAGCCAGGACCACCGACCUGGCCGCAGCAAAGCCCUCCGGGCGAGACCCUCCAAGGAGCCCGACUCCGUAGGGAACAAGAGACUCGCUAGUGGCCACAGGAAGCCGGCCACAGACGGGAACGGUGGCUGCAGAAAGCCAGGUGCUGAGCCACCACCGGAGGCACAGGAGAGGCAAGGCAGCACGCGGCAUAGGGGAUCCGGGCCCUUGGAGAGUCACCGACCAGGGGACAGCCGUGGGGAGCGCCAGGAUGAGGAGAGUCUACCGGAAGAAGAGGGUACAGCCCAGCGCCGCCGUCGCCGCAAGAGGAAAGGAAAAGGGCAGGGACCCUUGGCUCAGCCCGGCCGCGGAGAGGCUCGGAGCCGCGAAAGUGAACCACCGGGAGGGGACCUAGGCAGCUCUUGCCGGGACAGCGAAGCUCAAGAGUCCCAGGAGACGAGCAGCCAGGGCAAGGGGACCUUGCAGCUGCGGACUAAGUCAGAGCCAACGGAAAUGGGCCCGGAAGGGAACAAAAUAUGGCCAGAGUCAGCGCUGCAUCCAGGCGAAUGCCAGACCAGCAACAGUCAGGGCAGUGACGAUCCCUCAGCUCAGCUUCUGCAUGAGGAAGUGUCGUCGGGGACAGGGCCCCAGGGAGCGAGUGAGGAUUCUGGGACAAAUACGGACUUGAGUCCGGAGGGGACCGGGCCUGGACCGCGCCCACCGGCACCCCUGGGGACAGCAAGCUGGGUCCCUGAUGCCCAAGAGAUCGACCUGGGUGGAAAAGCCACGGCAUGCAGCUCCCUCGAGCGCAGUUGUGCGCACGUCCCUGGGAACUCGUGGGAUUCUCCAGACCCCAYGUUUUCUCCGGACUCAAGUGACGGCUGGGCGCAGCAGGAGGCGGAGCUGCAGGACGCCCAGCCUGAAACAGUCGAGGCCCCUGCGGCCCGGGCUCAGCGCCUCCAGACUGGAAAGGUGGCGGGGAAGCUGCAGGUGGCAGAGGACCAGAGCGAAGCGGCGUCGGAAAAGGGGGCAGGUCCAGAGGGCCCAGCGCCACUGGCCACCCUCACGGUGCUCCGUAAGCUCCGCGCGAGGCCCACUCCAGGCCCCUCUCCCCAGGCCUCAGGGUCGGGUGGCGCGGGCCUCAAGGAGCGCCUUCUGCGUGUGGUUCGGGCCCUGGGCCUGCUGCAGUGGCUGCUGCGCCGGCUACGGCAGCCUCGGGCCCGGGAGCCUGAGGCGGAGCCUCGGGAGGGCGAGGGGCGGGGCCGCGGGCCUGGACGGAGGCGCCGUCUGGCGUUGCGCCUGGCGGGCUUAGCGGGGUGGAGAGCGUCGCCGAGGCCUCCACCUGGCGGUGGCAGGAGCYCUCCACGGGGUCGGGAUAGCCCAGCCCCGGAGGACCCUUCCGACGAUGAGGACCCCACUCCGGAUCCCAAGUUCGCAGUUGUGUUCCCCAGGAUGCACAGGGAGGGGAGGGCUUCGAGCAGCUGGAGCUCAGGGGAAGUCUCCGCGGACGCCCACACCGGGGAGGCUGCCCGGGAGAGUGAGAGACACGUGGCUAGUGGAGAAGGAGCGGUCGGGCCCUGCCCCGCCGUCUUCCUCGCGCAGCCUACCCCAGACUCGACUCCACUCGAGGAGAACGGCUCCAGCAGCGAAGCGGAGCCAGAGACCUUGGAAGCCGAGACCCCGGUGCACUGGGCGCGGGACUCAGGCCCCCACCAGGACCCUGGGUUGGGCACCAGCGCGCUGCUGCCCCGACUCACCUUGGAGACCCGCCUGGAGCGCGACAGGAGCUCCUGCUGGUCCCUGAGAGAGCAGUGGGAGCCCGAGGAUGAGGCCGAGGCAGCGCUGGAGAGGGACCUGGAGCUGAGCCUUGGGCCUGACCUGAAGGCAUCCUUCCUGGGUACUGGGGGUAGGAGCCUCAGAGAUGGCCUGGAAGACACUGAGGACCUGGCCCGGCUGGGGUUGGUGUGUGACAGCUCUGUGCUGCUGUGCCUCAAGAAGAGAUUUCACCUGGGCCGCAUCUAUACAUUUGGGGGGCCCCUCCUGGUGGCUCUGAAUCCCCACCGGCCCCUGCCUCUCUUCUCAUCUGAGAUCUUAACCAGCUACCACCCUGGGAAGGCCCCCAAUACCACCCCACACGUAUUUGCCAUUGUGGCAGCAGCCUAUAGCCUAUUUAAGAGCACCGGGCAGGACCUCUGCAUCCUCCUCAGUGGGCGCAGUGGCUCAGGGAAAACAGAAGCUGCCAAGAAGAUUGUGCGGUUCCUGCGCAGCGUGGAGCAGCAGCAGGCAAGGGACAGAGGGUGCCAGCUGGAUGAUGUGCUGCCUGUGCUCAGCAGUUUUGGCCAUGCCAAGACUCUCCUCAAUGCCAACGCCAGCCGCUUUGGCCAGGCCUUAUGCUUCUGCCUGCAGCGUGGUGUCAUUGUGGGAGCCUCUGUGUCACAUUAUCUGCUUGAGACCUCCAGAGUGGUAUUCCAGGCCCAGGCUGAGCGGAGCUUCCAUGUCUUUUAUGAGCUGCUGGCGGGGUUGGAUCCCAUGGAGCAGGAGCAGCUCUCCCUGCAAGGACCAGAAACCUACUACUAUCUCAACCAGGGCCAGGCCUGCAGCCUCCAGGGCAAGGAUGAUGCCCUGGACUUCAGAGGGCUAGAGAAGGCCCUGCAGGUGCUGGGCUUGGGYCCCGAGGAAUUGACUGCAAUCUGGGCCGUGCUGGCCACUGUCCUGCACCUGGGAAACAUCUGCUUUUCUUCUUCAGAGUGGGAGUCCCAGGAGGUAGCUUCUGUGUCCAGCUGGGCUGAGAUCCACACAGCAGCCCGGUUACUCCAGGUGCCACCAGAGCGCCUGGAAGGGGCUGUCACCAGGAGGGUCACGGAGACGUCCUAUGGCCAGAUCUCCAGGUCCUUGCCCGUGGAAAGUGCCAUGGAUGCCAGGGAUGCCCUGGCCAAGGCCCUGUACUCACAGCUCUUCAGCUGGCUUUUGAGGAGGAUCAACUGGCAGCUGGCACCACCUGAGGAGGAAGGCAGCGUGGGCACCAUCACUAUUGUGGACGCCUAUGGCUUUGAGGCGCUGCGGGUGAACACCCUGGAGCAGCUGUGCAACAACCUCGCCAGCGAGCGCCUGCAGCUCUUCUCCAGCCGAGUGCUGCUGGCCCAGGAGGAGGAGGAGUGUCGGCGGGAGCUGCUGCCCUGGGUGCCCCUCCUUCAGCCUUUGAGGGAGUCCUGCCUGGACCUCCUAGUAGACCAUCCCCACAGCCUCCUGAGGAUCCUGGAUGCCCAGACCUGGCUGUCCCAGGCCACAGACCACACCUUCCUCCAGAAGUGCCACUAUCACCACAGUGAUCACCCAAGCUACGCCAAGCCCCAGCUGCCCCUGCCCAUCUUCACAGUGCGUCACUACGCUGGGACAGUCACCUACCAGGUCCACAAAUUCUUGAACAGAAACCGGGACCACCUGGACGCUGCCGUGGUGGGAAUGCUUGCCCAGAGCCAGCUCCAGCUGGUACGCAGCCUGUUCCAGGAAGCAGAGCCCUGGGCUGGAGGAGGGCCAGGCCAAUCCACGCUGACCUCUCGCUUCCAGAAGUCCCUAGGAGACCUCCUAGCCCAGCUGGGCAGGAGCCACAUCUAUUUCAUCCAGUGCCUUGACCCCAACCCUGGAAAGAUCCCAGGCCUCUUUGAUGUGGGACAUGUGGCAGAGCAGCUGCACCAGGCGGGCAUCCUGGAGGCCAUAGGCACCCGCAGUGCCCACUUCCCUGUGCGCAUGCCCUUCCAGGCAUUCCUGGCCAGGUUCCGGGCCCUGGGGAAGGAAGGACAGGAGGACUCCGAUCGGGACAGGUGUGGUGCCAUCCUCUGUCAGGUGCUGGGGGCUGAGUCACCACUCUAUCACCUCGGGGCCACUAAGGUCCUGCUGCAGGAGAGGGGCUGGCAGCAGCUGGAGAGGCUGUGGGCGCAGAGGCGCACCCAGGCUCUGUUCACCCUGCACCGGGGCCUCCGUGCCCGCGUCUCCUGCCAGCGCCUCCGCCUCCUGCCCCGGAUACAGGCUCGUGUGCGCGGGGUCCAGGCCAGGAAGCGGUACCUCCGGCGUCGAGUGGCUCUGGGACAGCUGAACACCAUCCUCCUUGUGGUCCAGCCCCUGUGCCAGAGACGGCAGAGGCUGCAGGGCAAUCUGGGACCCGGGAGUCUACUGUCUUCUUUCUUGCCUGGAGUCUCUUCCAUUCCCUCUGUCCCUCCCGUGGGCCCCUUGUUCUCCCCCUCUUGCCUGAUGACUCCAACGGGCAGUGACGGGCACAGUGAGGAGCAGCUUGGCCAGCCGAGUGGCCCGUGUGGCCGGCACCGUGGUGGGGCCUUGGAGAAGGCGUCAAGCAUGGAGCUGGGGCGCUUGGAGAUCCCCGCUGAGCUGGCCGCCAUGCUGAAGAGAGCAGAAGGUCACCAGGAUGCCCUGGCUGGAAGCAUCACCGAGUCGAUGCCUCCUGAGGUUCCUGCCCGGCCCAGACGGACCCUCCCCCGAGACAUUGACCAAUUCCCCUUCUCCAGUUUCAUCGCUAGCAGCUUCCAGGAGCCAUCCCUGCCCAGUCCAGGACAGCUGCUGGCCAAGCCCCUGACCCAGCUGGAUGGUGAGAACCCCCAACUUGCUCUGGACAUCAACAAGGUGAUGCUGCGGUUCCUGGGAGACGGGUCCCUGCAGUCCUGGCAGGAGCAGACCAUGGGUGCCUACCUGGUGAGGCAGGGGCAGCGCCGACCAGGGCUGCGGAACGAGCUCUUCAGCCAGCUCGUGUCCCAGCUCUGGCAGAACCCUGACGAGCAACCGAGCCAGCGCGGCUGGGCCCUCAUGGCUAUCCUGCUCAGCGCCUUCCCCCCAAUGCCCACCCUGCAGAAGCCACUGCUCAAAUUCGUUUCGGACCAGGCCCCCCAGGGCAUGGCGGCAGUAUGCCAACACAAGCUGCUGGGAGCCCUGGAGCAGACAUCGCUGGCCCCUGGGGCUGCACGGGCCCACGCGCCCACCCAGCUCGAGUGGAAGGCAGGAUGGCGGAGGGGCCGCAUGGCGCUGGAUGUCUUCACCUUCAAUGAGGAGUGCUACUCGGCCGAGGUGGAGUCCUGGACCACAGGGGAGCAAUUUGCCGGGUGGAUCCUACAGAGCAGAGGCCUGGAUGUGCCCCCUCGAGGCUGGUCUGUGUCACUGCACUCUGGGGAUGCUUGGCAGGACUUGGCUGGCUGUGACUUUGUGCUGGACCUGAUUGGCCAGAUGGAGGACCCUGGGGACCCAGCGGGUCCCCGCAGCUACCCCAUCACCCCCACUGGCUUAGCCGAGAACAUUCCCCCUGCCCCUGGUGUCCAGGCCCCCUCACUGCCUCCAGGCCCACCUCCAGGUCCAGCCCCAGCACUGCCCAGCAGAGGCCACACAGGGGAGGCCCGGACAUCGGGGAGCCUGGAUGGCUUCCUGGACCACAUCUUUGAGCCUGUCCUUGCCCCAGGCCUCAGUGAUCUGGAACAAGGCUGGGCUCUGAACAGCCGCAUGAAGGGAGGGGGUGCCAUYGGGCCCAUGCAGCAGGGCUACCCCAUGGUGUACACAGGGAUGAUGCAGAUGCCUGGAUACCAGCCAGCUAUGAUGCCUCCACCAAUGCCCAUGGUGCCAGCGGUGGGCACAGUCCCCACUGUGCCAGCCAUGAUGGUGCCACCGCAGCCACAGCCACAGCCGCAGCCCCUGCUUCCCAGCCUGGACACGAGGCAGCUGGCAAUCCAGCAGCAGAACUUCAUCCACCAGCAGGCGCUGAUCCUGGCCCAACAGAUGACCACCCAGGCCAUGAGCCUGUCCCUGGAGCAGCAGAACCAGCAGCGCCAACGCCAAGCCCAGGCCUCUGGGGCUGCCUCCCAGGCCCCGCCCUCAGCUGUCACUCCCAAGCCCAAGAAGCCCCCUGUUCCCCUAGAGAAGCCAGAGCAUGACCUGGAAGCAGGAGGGGCCUGCUUGAGGGAGACCUCAGAGGAGGCUGAAGACAGGCCCCAGCGCCCUAAGAGCUUUCAGCAGAAACGGGASUAUUUCCAGAAGAUGGGACAGCAGCAGAUCAAGGUGAAAAUGGUGAAGCCUCCAGCCAAGGUCCAGAUCCCCCAGGGGGAGGAGACAGAGGAGAAAGAAGAGGAAACAGGAACAGUGCUGUCCCCUUCUUCCCCUCCUCCUCCUCCUGUCUCAGUGAAGAAGCCACUGAAACAAGGUGUAGCCAAAGCCGCAAAAGAGGCUGAGGCUGAGCCAGCUGAGGCAGCACGGCCAGCCCAGGGUGAAGGGCCCACGGUGCGCAGCUUGGGCCCCACCCCGCAGCGGCCAGAACCCAGCAAGGAAAUUCGCAACAUCAUCCGCAUGUACCAGAGCCGCCCCAGCCCUGUGCCCGUGCCCGUGCAGCCAACCAGGCCCCUCAAAACUUUCCUGAAGAAAAAUGACCCUAAAGACGAGGCUCUGGCCAAGCUGGGGAUCAACGGUGCCCACUCGCCCCCCUCAACUCUGCCCCCCAGCCUGGGGAAGGACCCACCACCAGCUGUGGCUCCCCGACCCAAGGCCCAGCCACGGCUUGGGCCCUCCAACUCCAUCAAGGAAAAGCAGGGGCCCCUUCGGGAUCUGUUUGGCCUAAACCUUCCCAUUGCCCAGGAACCCCUGCUGCCACCAGCACCCCCACUGCCUUCCACCGAGGAUCCCAGGACCCCUUUGGCAGAGCCUCGCGUCUUGUCAGAGCCCAUGGGGGACCGGGGCAUCUCCACCCAGCUCCUUGUGCCCUCUGGCAGUGUGUGCUUCUCCUAUGCCAGCGCCCCCUGGAAGUUGUUCCUACGCAAGGAGGUGUUCUACCCUCGGGAGAACUUCAGCCAUCCCUACUGCCUCCGGCUUCUCUGUGAGCAGAUCCUGAGGGACACCUUUGCUGAGUCCUGCAUUCGGAUCUCCCAGGACGAGCGGCACAAGAUGAAAGACCUGCUGGGAGACUUGGAGGUGGGCCUGGACUCUCUCGCCACUGUCGAAGACAGCGUCAAGAAGCGCAUUGUGGUGGCCGCUAGGGACAACUGGGCCAAUUACUUUUCCCGCAUCUUCCCUGUCUCGGGCGAGAGUGGCAGCGACGUGCAGCUACUAGGUGUUUCUCACCGAGGGCUGAAACUGCUCAAGGUGACCCAAGGCCCCAGCUUUCACCUGGACCAGCUGAAGACACUCUGCUCAUACAGCUUUGCCGAGGUGCUGGGUGUGGAGUGCCAGGGCAGCUCCACCCUAGAACUGUCUCUGAAGAGCGAGCAGCUUGUGCUGCACACAGCCCGGGCCAGGGCCAUCAAGGCCAUAGUGGAUCAGUUCCUGAGUGAACUCAGGAAGGACUCCGGCUAUGUCAUCGCCCUGCGAAGUUACAUCACUGAUGAUCACAGCCUCCUAAGCUUCCACCGUGGGGACCUCAUCAAACUAUUGCCAGUGGCUGAUCUAGAGCCAGGCUGGCAGUUUGGCUCUGCCGGGGGCCGAUCUGGACUCUUUCCUGCUGACAUGGUGCAGCCGGCUGCUGCUCCCUACCUUCCCACCCCUGAGCAGAGGAACGGCUGGCGGCGCAAAAGUCAGCCUCAGCUGGGAGAGCCAGGUCCCACUCAGUGGGACAGGGCCUCGGAGCACCCUGCUCGCCCCUGGAGACAGGCACACAGUGAUGAUUCAGAGGCUACCAGCCUGCCCUCCUCCAUGGCCUAUGCCUCUCUGUCCAAUGACUCCCGCAACUACACCAUGCAAGAAUUUGCCCUGCACUACUUCCGGAAGCCUUCCACUUUGCUGGACCAGAGAGGUGGCAGUGCCCAGGGGAUAGUCAUAACCAGCCUGGUGCAAUACACCAAGUCUCCCAUCCAGGAAUCUCUCAUCAGACUUAGUGAUGAGGACAUGAGCAAGCAGGCUGUGGCGGGCUUCCAGGCUCUGAUGCAAUUUAUGGGGGACAAGUCUAAGCCACGGGGCAAGGAGGAGAUGGACCUGCUCUAUGACCUGCUGAAGCUGUGCAGCAAGGAGGACCUCAGGGAUGAGAUGUACUGCCAGGUCAUCAAGCAGGUCACAGGACACCCCCAGCCGGAGCACUGUGCUCGGGGCUGGAGCUUCCUCAGUCUCCUCUCGGGCUUCUUCCCUCCAUCCACCACGCUCAUGCCCUAUGUGACCAAGUUCCUGCAGGACUCAGGCCCCAGCCAAGAGCUUGCCCGGACCAGCCAGGAGCACCUCCAGCGAACAGUCAAGUAUGGGGGGCGUCAACAGCUGCCCCCCAUGGCUGAAAUGAAGGCUUUCUUGAAAGGGCACACAGUCCGCCUUCUUGUGGUCCACCUGCCCGGCGGUGUGGAUUAUAGGACGAAUGGCCACAUGUUCACGGUGGCAGGAGAAGUGCUGGAGGAGCUGUGUGGGCAGAUGGGCAUCAGGGACCCCCAGGAGGUGGAAGAAUUUGCCCUCUUUCUCAUCAAAGGGGAAGGUGAGCUGGUUCGUCCCCUGUGGCCCCACGAGUACCUCAACAGAGUGAUGGUGCACCAGGAUGCCAGCCUGCACAGCCGGCGGCUGGGCUGGGAGACCCCACUGCAUUUCAAUCAUCCCACCUACAUCAACACCCACUACGGCCAGGUGCUGCGGGACUACCUACAGGGGAAGCUGAUGGCCAGCGCCCAGGCAGAACACCAACUUGCCCGGCUGGCUGCCCUUCAGCACCUUGUAAGGGCCAGAAAGAGCCCCCCCUCGGGGCAGGACCUACUGGCUUAUAUACCAAAGCCUCUACAGUGGCAGGUGAAUAUGGCAACUAUAGAGAGUUUGAUGGGCCAGGAGCUCAGGCAGCUACAAGGACACAGCCCCCAGGAAGCACAGAUCAGCUUCAUUGAGGCCACAAGUCAGCUGCCCCUCUUUGGCUACACUGUGUACGUAGUGCUUCGAGUGAGCAAGCUAGUCCUCCCAGGACCUGCCCUCCUGGGGCUCAACCGCAGGCACCUCAUCCUCAUGGACCCCAGCUCCCAGAAACUGUGCUGCUCCAUAGCCCUGAAGGACCUGCAGCGGCUCCGCCUGCUGAGUCCCCUGGAAGAGGAAGGGCCCCCUGGUCUGGAACUCAACUAUGGCUUGGCCGACAGCCCUCAGACCAUCUGGUUGGAGCUGCCACAGGCCCAGGAGCUACAGAACACCAUCAUCUUCCUGUUGGAUGACAGUAUAUCUUCCACUUAGUGGCCUGGCCUCAACUGA